AUGCCUGCGCCGCAACACAUCGUCAUCCUCGGCGGCGGCGUCAUCGGCCUCAGCGCCGGCAUUGCGCUGCUCGACCGCGCCGACGGGCCGCGCGACGCCGUCACCCUCAUCGCCGCCGAGCUGCCGGCAGACGGCACACACGCCAGCGGCAGCGCUGUGGCCGCCGCACCGGCGCACUACGCCUCGGCAUGGGCCGGCGCGCACCACGUCUCGGACGCGCGCGAGCAGCGCACACGCAGCUGGGACCAGACGUCGCUCGCGGUCAUGGCACAGCUGGCCGAGCGCGGCAGCGACAAGUCCGGCAGAGGCGAGGGCGCCAGCGGCCUCUUCUGGACGGCGCAGCGGGAGCUGUGGCGCGCACCUGAAGACAUUGAGAAGCUCGUGGGCUGGUACCCAGAUUACAAGCCUCUGCCUUCCGCCUCGCUGCCCGCCGGCAUCGCUUGCGGUGCGACGUUCUCGACGCUCUCCAUCGUGGUGCCGGAGUACCUACCAUGGCUGCAGGCGCGCUUCCUGGCGCUCGGCGGCCGACUCAUUCACGCCAAGGUCAACUCGCUCUCCGACGCCCUUUCUCUUGCUGCCUCGCCCACUGCGCCAGCGCGUGGAGCACCGCCGCCCACUACGCCACCGAGCGCUCUCAUUGUAUCCCCUGGCCUCGGCGCCCGCACACUUGGCGGCGUGCGUGAUCAGGGCGUGCACCCAGUGCGCGGCCAGACAUUGCUCGUCGAGGCACCGUGGCUUGAAGAGGCGCGCAAAGGACAAAAGCACUGCGCCGAGGGCCUGAGCGUUGUCCGAGCAGAAGGAUGGCGGGAUACGUAUGUGAUCCCGCGCGGCGAGGGACGCUUCAUAGUCGGCGGCACGCGACUCGUGAACGACGACGACGCAGCACCGCGUGCCGAGACCACCGCCGAGAUCCUCAAGCGCGUGCUGCCGUUCGUGCCCGAGCUGGCCGACCCCUCACGGCGCACGCUGCUCACCACGCCCUCGCCUUCCGACGUGCGGGUGCUGGCGACCAACGUCGGCCUGCGCCCCGCUCGGCAAGGCGGCGCACGCGUGGAGCGCAUGUGCAGCUCCGCAGCUGGCGUGCCGAGCAAUGUGCCUGUCCUGGCUUGCUAUGGCUUUGGCGGCGUCGGGUACCAGGCGAGCUGGGGCGCGGUGUUCGAGGCGCGUGAUCUGCUAGACGAUGCUCUUGAACGCCCGCGCCUGCCACAAGGCUCUACACUCGCAAGCUUGGCCUCGCGCUCGGCAGCUCCAGCGGCGCGGCUAUGA